CUUGAAUUAACCAAAUAUACUUCUGAAAAACAUUAUCAUUGGUAUACCGUUAGUGUUUGAACAUCUCGGUUUGAAGAGAGGACGAAAAAUAUCGGUGCACAAAACACAUAGUAUAGAUCUGCGAAAAACUCGCUGCCUGGAGCUGCUCUGCUUUCUGUGAGCGUCCCGGCUGAUAGAGCUAUACCAACUCCGGCGGGGGUGUUAACUGAAUUCAGAUUGUAUUCACUGGAAAAGCUAUAUGAGCUACAAACAACUCGUGUACGGUGGUAAAAUUGAAAGUCUUGGUCAUUUUUAAUGAAAUGAUGUUAGUAUCACAAUUCAUUUUGCUGUCCAUAUUAGAGUAAUGAUCAAACGGAACAGUUUGUAUUUUGCGGUUGGUAUAUUCGUGGUUCAGCAUACAGCACCCCCUGCCCGUUCUGUGCAAGGCAGGCCUCUUCAGACAUUGAGGGAGAGCGAUAGGAGAUUUGGAGUGGCUGCUAACGGCUCUCACCUGAAGAGAAGAAAGGACACCUCUCCCAGCAGAGAAAAGCAAAACAAAGACUCCAUCUGGAAGAGGAGAGAGUCUAACGUGUUGGGAAUUUUCUUGUGCCUGGAACUGCGAGAGAGGGGUUUAAAUAUGCAGUGCAGACUGGUCUGGUCCACACAGGUUACCUGUCGCUGUUAGUCUGAGCUGUCUGUUUAACCUGGAGAGAAGAAUCGAGAUGGUCAGAGCGAGAGACUAGAGCACUGCAGAUCCCACUGACAAUACCUGAAUAUAAAAGCAAGGAGAUGCCUGAACUGGAUCCUUUCCAUAUUAUUAAAGAGGAGACUGAACUGGAGCCUGUCCACAUUAAAGAAGAAGAGACUGAACUGGAGCCUGUCCACAUUAAAGAAGAGACUGAACUGGAGCCUGUCCACAUUAAAGAAGAGACUGAACUGGCGUCUGUCCACAUUAAAGAGGAAGAGACUGAACUGGAGCCUGACCACAUUAAAGAAGAGACUGAACUGGCGUCUGUCCACAUUAAAGAAGAGACUGAACUGGAGCCUGUCUAUGUUCAAGAGGAGACUGAACUGCAGCUUGUCCACAUUAAAGAAGAUAAGACUGAACUGGAGCCUGUCCACAUUAAAGAGGAGUCUAUUGACUUGUUUAAGGAUUCAGAAAACAUAUCAUGUGGGAAGAGCGUCAGUCAGUUAGGUAACCUAAAAACAGACCAGCGAAUCCACAAAGGAGAGAAACCACAUCACUGUACUGACUGUGGGAUACGCUUCAGAGGUUUAGGAGAUCUAAAAAAACACCAGCGAAUUCAUACUGGAGAGAAACCAUAUCAGUGUCCUGAAUGUGCAAAGAGCUUCAGUCGGUUAGAAAACUUAAAAAGACACCAGCGAAUUCACACUGGAGCAAAACCACAUCGCUGUACUGAAUGUGGGAAGAGUUUCAGAUGGUUAGGAGAUUUAAAAAAACAUCAGCGAAUUCACACUGGAGAGAAGCCGUAUCACUGCUCUGAAUGUGGAAAGAGUUUCAUUGAGUCAGGAACAUUAAAAAUUCACCAGCGAAUUCACACUGGAGAGAAACCACAUCAGUGUACUGAAUGUGGAAAGAGUUUCAGGGGGUUAGGUGAUCUAAAAACACACCAGCGAAUUCACACUGGAGAGAAGCCGUAUCAUUGUACUGAAUGUGGGGAGAGCUUCAGUGUGUCAGGAAGCCUAAAAACACACCAGCGAAUUCACACUGGAGAUAAACCACAUCACUGUACUCAAUGUAAUAAGAGAUUCAGUCGGUUAGGAAACCUAAAAAUACACCAGCGAAUUCACACUGGAGAGAAACCACAUCACUGUACUCAAUGUAAUAAGAGAUUCAGUCGGUUAGCAAACCUAACAAUACACCAGCGAAUUCACACUGGAGAGAAGCCGUAUCACUGUGUUGACUGUGGAAAGAGUUUUAUUCAGUUACAAAAUCUUAACGUGCACCAGAGAACUCACACAGGAGAAAAGCCAUGCCACUGAAUGUGGCAAGACAUUUGCUUUCUCCAGUCAAGUGAAAAAGCAUAAAUGCCAAUUUUGAAAGGGCAGAUGAAACUGAUAGAAAUCAGUAUUCCAGGCAGUAUUACAAUGGUCCCUGUUUAUGUGUCAUCCUUAGGGGAUGUAAUCAUGCGUUAGGUUAAAUGUGAGAAAGAGUGUGUGCCAAAGCACCUGUAAAAUGUGUGCUUAUGUUAUAAUCCUAAAAUGUAUUUUAUAAAACUGUGUUCAUUUAAAUGCCAAACAAAAUGUGAAAAAUGGUAAACUAUGUAAAAUGUGUUUUUAAUAGCCAUUUUUAAUAAAACAAAAUACAUCUAACUUGUUCUGUUAACACAUACAUAUUUGUAUUUUGUUUUAAUAGUACCUUAGAGUAAAUAGCAGUGUUCCUACAUGUUGCUCCAACUGUUUAAAUAACGUACCUGUAAUUUUUCUUUUCUUUGUUAACAUCAUGACAACUUUUUACACUUUUUAAAGUCUGUUUCAAAGCUCUUUUCAAAAUCUCCGCUCUAGUGCACUGAUAGUAAGGUUUAUUGCCCACAUAGUCAAACAGGUAACACAGCAAUAACAAAGUCUCAGAAACAAAAUGUUAGAACUUGAAGCUACUGCACUAACAAGUAACUACGAUGUGAUAGGUGUUACAGAAACUUGGUUGUCUGAGAGUGAUGGAGAUGAAUAUAAUAUUAGUGGGUAUAGGAAAGACAGACAGGGCAGAAGAGGCAGAGGGGUAGCGCUAUACAUAAGAAAUAGUCUUGAAGUCCAGGUGUUCAAUCUGGACGAAGAAAACAACGCCGAAUCAAUAUGGGUCAGAAUAAUGGACAAAAAAUCAAAGGGCUAAUAAUAGGAGCAUGCUAUAGACAGCCAAAUUCAGAUUCUGAGCAAAAUAAUCUGUUAUACAAUGACAUUCGAAAUGCGUGUAG